UCCUACAGCGCUGCAGUUGUGAGGGGAGCCUCGGGAGAGCUGCGGGGUCACGGGCGCACACGCAGGGGCCGGGGCCUGGCGCUCCAGAGCCCCGGGAAGCCAACGCCAAGGGGCCGCAUUCCCGCAGCCCAACCCCGGGCGUUCAGGCCGGCGGAGAGCAGAGCCGGCCCGGCCUGGCCCGCGCAGGUGUGUCGUGUCAGCCCGGCGCCCGCGCCGGGGGCCCUGGUGGGCGGGCCUACGGGAGGGGGCGGGGCACCGCCCUACGCGGGGUUGGCGCCGGAGGGGGGGGUUCCUGUGAGGUGGCGCUCCGGCUCCUCCUCAGGUUUCUCCUCUCCGCCCGCCGGCUGCUGGCUGUGGCGCCGCCUCCUUGGCUCUCUUCCUCCCUGGUUCCCUCCCUCCUGGUCGGUGUUUGGGCCCACUCUGCGGCCUCUGUUCGUCUCCUCUCGCUUUUUUUUCUCCGCUUCCCCUCGAGUCUCCGAGGAGUUCGCAGCCGCGGGGCGCCCGGAAAGAUGGCGGCGGCGGUGGGCGACGACGGCGGCGAGGGGGGCCCGAGCCUAAGCGUGGCAGAGCCGCGGCCAGAGCUGGGGCCGGAGUCGGAGUCUGAGGCGGGCCCGGAGCCCGGGCCCGAGCCGGGGCCAGAGUCAGGGCCGGAGCCCGAGCCCGAGCCCGAGCCCGAGCCGGAGCGGGAGUCGGGGCCGGAGCCCGGGCCUGAGGAGGGCCCGGAAUCGAGGCCGAAGCCCGAGCCGGGGCCCGAGUCGGAACAAGAGCCCUUGUCGGAGCCGGGGCCUAAUCUGGGGCCGGAGCCAGGGCCGGAGCCAGGACCCGAAUCGGAGCCGGGCCCAAAGUCGGAGUCGGAGCCGGAACCGGAGCCGGGGCCCCCCGAGCCGAGCAGCUCCGCUGAGGCGCCCGAGGGCGGCCGGAACCUCGCGCCCGCGGCGCUGCCCCCCGAGGAGGUGACCGCGCGGCUGCAGCGGAUGCGGCGCGAGCUGACCAACCGCAGGAAAAUCCUGGUGCGAAACCUGCCCCAGGACUGCAGCUGCCAGGAAAUUCAUGAUUUGUUGAAAGACUAUGAGUUAAAGUACUGUUAUGUGGACAGAAAUAAACGAACAGCUUUUGUUACCUUAUUGAAUGGGGAACAAGCCCAGAAAGCAAUUCAGAUGUUUCAUCAAUAUUCUUUUCGAGGAAAAGACUUGAUAGUCCAGCUCCAGCCAACAGAUGCUUUGCUGUGUAUUACCAACCUGCCCAUUUCUUUUACAUUAGAAGAGUUUGAAGAACUUGUUGGUGGUUAUGGAAAUGUUGAAAGAUGUUUUCUGAUCUACAGUGAAAUUACUGGCCAUUCCAAAGGCUAUGGAUUUGUGGAAUACAUGAAAAAGGACUUUGCUGCAAAGGCUAGAUUGGAUCUAUUGGGUAAACAGUUAGGGGAAUCAGCACUCUUUGCACAAUGGAUGGAUGUUAACCUAUUGGCCUCAGAGCUCAUUCAUUCUAAGUGCCUUUGUGUAGAUAAACUCCCUGGUGACUACACGGAUUCAGAAGAGUUGUUGCAAUAUUUUUCCAGUGUCCAUAAACCUGUGUUUUGCCAGCUUGCACAGGAUGAAGGUAGUUACGUUGGUGACUUUGCAGUGGUUGAAUAUAGCACGGCAGAGCAAGCUGAGGAGGUUCAGAGAGCAGCAGAUGGUAUGACCAUCAAGGGAAGCAAAGUCCAUGUUUCCUUCUGUGCCCCAGGAGCACCAGGGCGAAGUACAUUAGCAGCAUUGAUAGUUGCUCAACAUGUGAUGCACAGUAAUCAAAAGGGCCUACUUCCAGAGCCAAAUCCAGAACAAAUUAUGAAAAGUUUAAAUAACCCUGCCAUGUUACAAGUUCUUUUACAACCCCAGUUGUGUGGACGAGGUGUUAAACCAGGUCUUGGAGCACCACACAACUUGCCACCUUUGAUGAAUCCCUCUGUCUCUUCAGCACUCUUACAAUUGAAUAAAGCACAUCAGAAUCUUUCUCAUGUACCAAUGACACAGCAACAGUUUAUGAAGUUUGAGAAUAUCCAUAUUAAUAAGAAACCUGGUUUACUUGGAGAAGCCCCACCUAUGGUACUUCAGAAUGCAUUAGGGAGAGGGUCAUCACGUCCAUUGAAAACGGAAUUGGGACAUCCUGGUGAAGCACAUAAAAGUAGAAUGGGCAUGUUACCGUCCUUUCCAAAUCAGCACAUGGGUGGACAUGCUGGGCCUGGGCAUAGUAAUACUCAAGAGAAACACUCAGCCACUGUGGGAAUUACAGAAGGAAAUUUCUCCGGAUCUCACAACUAUCCAAACCCCACUACUGGAGGCUUGGUGGCAGGACACCAGAAACAGCAAAGUCAGACACAAGGCACAGAGAUAAAUUCAGAGGCUGCCUCAAAGAAUCAGACUUCCCUCCUGGGAGAACCACCAAAAGAAAUCCGGCUCAGUAAAAAUCCAUAUUUGAAUUUGGCAAGUGUGUUGCCCAGUGUAUGCUUAUCAUCCCUUGCAAAUAAAACCACUCUGCAUAAGACUGGAAUUGCAAGCAACAUUCUGGAUGCAAUCUCUCAGGGAAGUGAAUCACAACAUGGCUUGGAAAAGUGUGUUUCUUACUCUCCACCUUAUGGUGAUUAUGCACAGGCAUCCCAUUUAAGACAUGAAAAGCGAGGCUCAUCCUAUCUCAUGUCUGGCCCAGAAGGUGGUCCAGGGGAAUUUGGAGACCAGCGUCGUCGGGGCUCAGGAGCGUAUUACAUGGAAACCUACUUUAAAAAGAAGCGAGUGUACUGAGUUAAGCUCUCUCCUUAUAACCUAAGGUUCUUGCAGUAUCUUUGUUGUUCAUCGCUGCCUUAAACUUCAUUCAGACUAGCCAUAUCCUUUAAAUACGGGUUUAUGAUUUCCCAGAAGUAACUGUGUUGUGCAGCAGGCAGAAUUGCCAAAUAAAAAAUUAAGUAGCAAUAAGAAAAGAUCUCAGAUGAGGACGUUUUCCACUAGAAUUAGAUGCAUCUUAAUCAGUGUGAAAUUAACUUGCAAUCCAUUGGAGAAACUAACAAUGUUCCAAUAUUCCAUGUUGUAGGACUGAGAAUAAUUUUGACACCAUAUAAAAAAGUUCGAAGCAAUAAAUGGGAUAAGUCUUGUUUCCUAAACCUUUAGAAUGAGUUUCUUACUAGCCAGUGGGCAUUUCAAUUUACUUUCCCUAGAAGUAAUUUCAUUUAGAGAUUUUAAAAAGAUUUUCCUAGAACUACAUGGGUGCAAGUACCAAAUUUGGUGAUGGUAAUGUUAUAAAGAUGUUCCACAUGCAAACUCAGUUAUACUCCCACACGAGUCACUUAAUAUUAAACCCAACAAUAGUGAUCGUAACGUCCAAGGUAUACACUGCUACAAGGCUUUACUUUUAAGAUUUAUUUACCAUUUAUACCUUUUAUGAAAAAGUAGCUUUGGUGAUCUAACCUAACAGGGGUUGGCAGACUACACCUGGGGCCAUAUUUGGUCCACCACCUGUCUUUGUGCUGCUUGCAAGCUAAGAAUGUUGUUUACAUUUUUAGAAAACUUACAACAUGAAAUUUCUAUGAAGUUCAAAUUUCAGUAUCCACAAAUAAAAGUUUUAUUAAAACCCAGCCAUGCUCAUUCAUUUCUGUAUUGUCUGCGGCUGCUUUUGUGCUGUAAUGGUAGAGCUGAGUAGCUUCAACUGGGACCAUAUGGCCUGCAAAGCCUCAAAUAUUUACUAUCUGGCCCUUUUGAGAUGAAGUUUGCUGACCCCUGAUGUAAUGGCUCUCAUUAGGGAAUUUUUUAUUUCACCUAAACAAAGACCUUUGAGACAGUCUUGCAAGUGGCAAGGAACAUAGGUUUCUUUGCCUCAUCUUGUAGUACAUACUAGUGAUCUGAUUACUAAGACAGGGCCUAUUUUGAUCAUCAAAUGCUCUAUUUCCACAAUAUAGUGAAGCAGUCAGUACUGCCCUUUCUGAAGGAGUCUUAUGGAGUAAAUAUUUAUAAACAUUUUGAGCUAAUAAGCUAUACCUCUCAGUCUCUGCUUUGUCUCUGAUUCUUUGGUAGUAUGUUAGGCUGAAAAAAUAUCAGCUAUUUAACCCAAUUUACUUCUGAAUUUGUUUUUAUUACAUACAACUUUUGACAUCACUGUUUCCUGAAGGCCUUGGUGUUAAAUGCAUGAGAAACCUUUUGCCAUCUAGAAAUUUGUUUGUUCAUUGUUAUUUGAUUGUAAUUGAUGAAGUUUGGGAUCUCAGUGAUUCUAGUCUUUUUGAAAUCAGAUUAUUAAAUAUCAUUUUGGGAACUUUUUGUUUUUGAGUAUGAUAUAGAUAUCCUGUUUUUUUAAGAGAUGAAGUAAAAAAUUGGUACAUGUUGUAUGCUUUGUAAAAAAUUUUACUUGGUCUAAUUUAUUGCCUAUACUAGCUCGUGUUGGAAAAUAACAGCUAGAAAGUUAAACUAAGCUAAUUUCUAAGUAGUACUACCUAUAAAUAACUAAUCAAGAGUAGGCAUCACUCAGUUAUACAGCAGAUGACUAGUGGCUUCUCCAUGCCCUGUACUUCUUCUCAUUUAGCCUCUUCAGUGCUUGGUUACACCACUACUAUAAUACAACCUGAGGAAAGGGAGGAUGGUGACUUUUACAUCAGAGCUGCAAAGACAAAGCAGGAAGAGGUUGAAAAAGCUAAAACAAAGAUGUUUUGGAUUAUAGCACAUGUGAAUUUGCCAUCCAUACUUGGCCUGUGCCCAUUUUCAUUGGACAUUUACAGAGAAGUGCAACUCAAGUGGUGUUAGUAAUAAAGACCAUUACCACCACCACCACCCCAAACUAUGUUAUUUUUCUAUGUAAGUGAAUUGUUUGAAAUGCUUUGAAAAUCUUAAUAUUAAAAGGCAUAUGCAUGUAAAGUCUUUAGUAUAUUUAUUUGUAUAAAGAGUAAACAAAGUGCAUGUAGAGUGGCCACAGGUUUGACAUGGAAAGAAACCUUGGUGAUAGAGGGCUAGUGAACAGAUUUAAAUGGCAAGUUUAUUGCUGCCAUUGAGUCAGGCCUGAUUAUUAUUUUUGAACUCAAAAAGUGAAAUCUAUGAUGACAAAUACUAACCAGCAUUAAAAACUUUUUCAGACUCUUGGUCAUAAAGAACUUUAUGCUUCACAUUGAAUCAGAGACUUAAAUAUUUCAGACUACACAGCUCCACAAGCAAACCAAAAACUGUCUAGUGGAUCAUGAACUCCACAGUGCCUUUUAGCUGGGUCUUUCAAGUUUUGCACUGUAAGGUGAUGGUCAAAAUAGUGAUUGAUCCUUGUAGGUGGGUGGUAUCGAAACACUCUUUAAGAACAGUGCAAUGGCGGUGGUGUUUAUUCUUACUGGUUGCAUAUACAGCAUCCAAAAUCAAUGCUGAAACAGCUUGCCCAAAGUGGUAGAAUUAGAAAAGGGUAUACAUGGACAUGUCUUAAAAGCAGUAUUACAGCAUCCAGGGUCUGGGAGUCCACUCAGAUUAAAGAUAGACUGCCUAGGAAAGCACUGGCACAGGCUUAGUUCUCAAGAAGUUAACAUGCAGCAUAACCAGUUUUCUCAAAAUGGGCAUCCGUGAUCACCCAAGGGAACAGGAGCUAAGCCACUGGAGAAACAAAGUUUAAGUCCUACUACUGACACUCACUUCUGUAUAGAGACAACAGUAUACUAACUGGCAUCUAAUAUUUUAAGACUGCUUGGUUGUCACCAUAUAGAUAGCUGAUAUUCUAACAUGCCCUUGAACUUCACUAAGUUUCAUCAGUGACUAAUUGUGCCAGAAAAACAUUUCAGAUCAAAUGGCAGCUAGGAAAAGCAAUCCUCUUGAGAAAAUACUUUGGUCAACUCCUCUUGUUUCCAAAAUUCCCACGUUAGUAUGCAAUUGUGAAGGCAAGCUAGCCAGAUGCCGUGGUGGUGUGCUCCUUUCCAGAAGGCAUGGUGCUUUCUAAUAUUUUAGCUGUCACUGUUUGUAACUCUCUUCCUGGAGCCAAAUAUAAGGAAGAAGUCCUUAAACACAUGAGGCGCCACAGUGUGCCUUAUACAUGGAUACAUACUCAAGUACUUUUUUGAGUGCCUUUUUAGACAUAAUACAAACUCUUUCCAUUAAAAAACUUUUUAAAUGAUUUGGUUAUUUGUUGCAGAAGGACUUGACAAACAGCAGAAUUUAAAUAUUAUUCAUGCUUUUUUAAAAUUGCUUCGAAUCCUUCAAUAAGGUUCUGAAAGGUUGUCCGAUUGGAAGGUUGGAAUUCCCAGCAUUUCCUCAUAAGUUGAUAAACCUGGGGAAAAAAAGUAUAAAUGUUAGAUAUAAGCAGUAAGAAAAUUUUUAAAAUGUAAAUGAUGUUGAUAACUAAGACUUUCAAGAAUAUUUGAACAGUUUUGCAGAAAAUGAGCUACAACAUGGUACAUGAAUAAUGUUUUAACAUUUGAGAAGUUCUUGGGCUGGCUGAGUGGCCUUCAACAAGAUCUGGUGUGUGUCUGAAGCCAGCUGAUGGGUCAGUGUGUGCCUGAGCAGGUCUCUGACGUCCCACCUCCUGCGCUCACACUAUUCAGUAUAUCUUAAAGGCCCAAUUUACUUUAGAGUAUGGAAAACAAUGUUAUGUCACUAAGUGGGCCAGACUUACACAAAAAUGUAUUUGUCACAGUAUGCUGUCGCCAAGUUCUCUUUGGAGGUGGGCAAUGGAGAGACACUGAGGGGAGUCUGCUUCUGGUAGACCCUAACUGUGCUUUGAAUGUAAUAAGUUGUAUCAUCAGCCCCAGAGAGGAUUUCUCAAAUAUCUUGAAAUUCAGCUAGAAAAAACUAUUUUAAAGGAUUUUUCUAAUCCAUUGCCCUGCUUCCUCCUCCUCCGCCCCUUGCUGGAUCACUCAAGCUAGAAAAACAGUGAAAGCUGGGGUUUAUUACUGUGGAAUAGACCAUGAAUACCUGAUCUGGACAGUUGGGUGGACACGGCAAACGUUUUCCUUCCUUCAGUGUAUUCACAAGUCUUGUUACUGUCAUCUGGCCAUGAGUUGGGCCUAUCAUUUUCAGGAACAACUAUGUAAAAUAAAGCCAGACAAAAUGUUUCACUUUCAACAUUUAUAUAAAAAUCAAAUUGAUUAGGGUGAAACUUCCAUAGUUAACCUGAAAUUAAAGUAAAAAAAAGGCUUUUUCUCCUUAGUACUACUUAAAAAAUGAAAACCCAAAAUUAUUUUAGCCUCAGACUGUACCAAUCACUUCUUUCACUUGUCAAGGAGCCUGUUAUAAUGAAAAUGAUCUUAUUUUGGAAUAAACAAGGUACACAUAAGGCCCUACUGAAUGCUAUCUUACUUAACUCACUCCCAUGAAACUGUCCCUUGUUUCCUCACAGAUAAGAUCUAUGGAACAUCCUUGAGAACUUUGGACUCCUUAAGAGACCCACAAAUAGUUGUGAAGUUAUAAACCAAGUUGAACAGGUGACAUUUUCUCUUUCCACUUAAUACACUGAUUGGAUUCCAUUUAAAAAAUUAAAAAGUACCAGUUUGAGCCCCAGCUUCUGAUCCAACUCCCUGCUAACAUGCACGUGGUGAAAGGCAGUGGGACACCCAGACAGAGUUUGAGGCUGCUGGCUUUGGCCUGGCCUAGCCCUGCUCAUUGGGGCCAUUUGGGGAGUGAAUUAAUGAAGCCUGCUCACUCUCUAAUUCUGGCUUUCAAUACAUGAAAUACAAUAAAUCUUUAAAACCAAUACAAUGUUGAAGGGAUGGACACAUUUUAAUUGGGUAUUAGAUUUAAAUGACUUACGGCCAUGGGACUAUAUUCUGAAUCACAGUAAGUGAGUAGCUCGUGCAGAGUCACUCCAAAGGACCAGACGUCGGAGGCAAUAUAGAAUUUACACUGAAUUAAACAUUCUGGGGCAUACC